UGGGUCAGCUGCGUUUAUGUUUUUUUUUCGGUGCCUACUACGUUAUGGCACAGUGGGUUCGCCUCGUUCCGUUCUGGUUGUGGCGUGGGAAAAAAGAUCAAGUGAGAGAUGAAAGUCAAAAUUUAUUAUGAGUGUGUCUGUGUGCGUGUGUGUAUAGGUAUGGGUCCGAUUGCUUUGCAGUUAGAACGUACCGUGGGAAUAGUUCUAGACGGACCGAUAGACAUGUAGCGGGUACAAACGGGGGAACGGAAUAAAUGGUUAAUGAUAUGAGCAGAAAAGCCACCACAUUAGAGUGAGACCGUACGGAGCGGAAGAAGGUGGUGGGAGGCUAGGAAGACGGAGUUUUGAUAAAAUUGCUUCACACUCGGGGUUUGGCGUUGGAGGCAGACGCGCAUUCGCAGUUUGGAAGUGGAUGGUGAAAGGUUGUUAGAAGGAUCUGCGCAGCCGGAUUAGCAUCGAUCAGGAAUACUGAGAGGAUAUGGAAGUAGGCAAUUCUCGUGAACGGAUAGUGUAUUGAUUGUUGAUCAAUUGUGGAUUAAUUAUGGAGCGGUUAGAAAAAGAUGAUCACCAUGGUGGUGGAAAUCGCGAUGCUGAAAGUUAUCUCAGGAGGAUUAAGGCGGAAAUUAGAAAGACAAACAAACCAAUCAUGGAGAAGAAAAGACGAGCGAGAAUAAACAACUAUCUGAAUGACCUAAAAGCCCUACUGUUGGAUGCAAUGAAAAAGGAUCCCAUCCGUCAUUCGAAGCUGGAGAAAGCCGACAUACUGGAUCUAACGGUAAAACAUCUGCAAGAUUUAGAACGCCGAAAGCUGGCCAUCGCGAUGGCCAUGGAUCCGACUGUGGUGGACAAAUUCAAAAAUGGCUUCAACGAGUGCAUCGACGAAAUUGACAAAUAUCUGAACAGCGUACCGGGGGUGGACAGUGGUAUGAAGCAGCGUAUUUCGAGUCACCUGAAAACCUACCUCAGAUUUCAAAGAUUCCCACAGCCAGGCGUAGUAGGCGCUGGUCCCUUCGGUAGCCUUUUUGGCCGAUCAACCGAUGAUAUCAACAAUAAUGGGCGGCUUGCCGUGGAAGGAAUGCCACUGAUUCCGUCACUUUUACCCAGUGGCGAAUUGGCAUUUAUAAUGCCGCAUCAGAGUGGCAGUACGCUACCGUUUUUCCCUAGAAUUCCCGUUGUUCCGGGUGUGCCUUCUCGGCACUUCAAACCAAUUCCUCAGGAGAAGCAACCGUACGCUCCCAGCCCACCGCUGAGCCCUGUUUCCGACCAGGAAAGUGUAAAAAGUGAACAGAAAACACCACUGAUUAAAACGCGACCAGCUUUGAUGGAAAGUUUGCUGAGUGCUUUCCCAACACCACCUACGCCGGACGAAGGCAGUCGGAUUUCAGCGUUUAGGCCAAAUCUAAAGUUGAUCGACAGAAUUCGUUUGCAUCGGGAGGCGAAAGCAUCAUCACACUCGGAGGAACAGGUUUCGAAACGAAGGAGAGUGGAAAAGGCGGACACAUUUAGCGAUGAUGAAAGUGAACACGAAGAGGAAGUGGAUGCCAAAGAUCAAGUCGGAGGGGAUAUGUGGAGACCUUGGUGAUUUGGCUUCCAGGGUUCACCGGAACGAUAUUGUGAUAAAGGACAAUAUUCAGAGCUUUAGCCUUUAGAUUUUAUGAUUUGAAUUUCUUUGACAGCUUUAAUAGGUUAUAAGCAUUCUUCUUACAAAUACAUUUCUAGUU